AUGCUGAGAGAAAGGACACAAGAUGUUGAUGUGUCUGGAUUUGAUGGAGAAACAAUGGUACAUGAAGAAGAAACAACAGUACAUGAGAAUGAAGAAGAAACUAUGGAACAUCAAAACGAACAAGAAGCUAUUGAGUCGCGUGAGAAUUCAUCCGUUGAGGGAGAUGAUUGUGAGGUCAUUGUUGAAGAUAUGGCUGGAUACAAGGAGUCUGAACCGGUGCUGCAGUCGGAUGAUAAUGAGUUUAUCGAUGUACCAAUCCGUGAAGAGGAUCACUUUAGAGAGGCUGGCUGUGAAGAUGGAAAUGAAUACCACGAGGGUGAUGACGAUAGUGGGGAUGAUGUCUGGAACGACGAUCACAUACCGGAUCCAUUAUCAGAUGAUGAUCGUCAAGAUGUAGAAGAAAAAAGAAGGCAAUUCAACUAUGGUGAUGAUGAGAUUUUAGCGUUAGGAAAGACGUUCAAUAAUGCCGAGGAAUUCAAGUAUGUUGUUCUCAAGUAUUCACUGAAGACGCAGUAUGACAUAAAGUUUUAUAAAUCAUCAGCUGAUAGGCUUGGAGCACGGUGCACACAACAUGAAAAAGAAAAAUGUGGUUGGAGAGUAUACUGCUCUUUCGAGAGAGGUAGGAACAAGCUGAUGGUGAAAGUCUUCAUGAAUACCCAUAUUUGCGUUAGAUCCGGCUACACUAGAUUGUUGAAGUGUGGAACAAUAGCACAACUUUUUGAAGAGAGACUGCGAAUUAAUCCAAAAAUCAGGUCGCGUUUCAUGGUUGAUGAGAUAAAGAGAGAGUAUAACAUGAUUGUAACCGAGGAACAAUGCAGAAGAGCGAAGGCAACACUUGCAGCCAGAAGAAAAGCUGGUCAUGAAGCCCAUUUUGGUAGACUUUGGGAUUAUCAGGAAGAGGUACUUUCAUCAAAUGUCGGAUCAACAAUGGAGAUUGAGACAAUUCCGGGACCAGUUCCUGGAAGCAAGCAAAGAUUUCACAGGUUGUAUAUGUGUUUUGAAGCUUUAAAAUCUUCUUGGAAGAAGUCAUGCCGGCCCAUUAUAGGAUUGGAUGCUGCUUUUAUGAAAUGGGAUAUAAAAGGCCAAAUGCUUGCUGCUGUCGGUAGGGAUGGGGAUAAUCGAAUUUUUCCUAUAGCUUGGGCUGUCGUUGAAGUUGAAGAUAAUCCUAAUUGGCUAUGGUUUGUGCAACUACUGAAGAAAGAUUUGGGACUUGAAGAUGGAGAGGCCGUUACAAUAAUUUCAGACAAGCACAUGGGUAUACUACAUGCAGUUCAUGAAGAGCUUCCUAAAGCCGAGCACAGAAUGUGUGCCAGACAUGUUCUAGAGAAUUGGAAGAAGACAAACAAAGACAUUCUUCUUGAACGUUUGUUUUGGAAAAUAGCCCGGAGCUACACACCAGCAGCGUUUACAGACAACUGA